AAAUUCACAUUCUCAUCCCUUCUCUCCUCCCCUCGGCUGUGGCAGCAGCUUUCCAUCACUUCCCCACUUCUCCUCCUGCCUGUGGGCUGGAAGGGCCCCUGGAGCCUUUGAGGAGAUGCUGCUGUGAAAACCAUUGUCCCAAAGGAAGAGCCGGGAGCUCCAGGAGCUGCUGGUGCUGCUGCAAGAGGACACAGGCAAGGACUCUGCUCAGGCUGGGGAUGUGGCCGUGGGCUCUGCUGGAGUGUGGAGCUUCACCUGCACCAAGGUGUGUUUUCCAGAGGACCUUUGGCUCGCCCCCUGUGCCAGGCCCCAGCCCUGGGAUGCAGCCCGUGGCCCUGCAGAGCCUGUCCGAGCUGGAGAGGGCCAGUCUGCAGGAGCUGGCGCUGUUCCGGCUGCAGGAGAGGCUGCCCCUGGGGCACCUCAGUCUGGACAGAGAUGGCUCCAAAGGCAUUAAAUCCAUCCGGCAGAAGCUGGAGAGCUUCUCGAAAGAGAGGAAAGAGUGCUCUCCCCACACCUUCGGGGUCCCGCUCCCCCAGGUCAUCGCCAACGACCGCGCCUGCCGCCAGCUGCAGGAGGCCGUGGGCAAGAGCCGGCGGCUCUGCCUGGAGGUGGAGGCCACGGUGACCAGGUUCCGGGCUCAGAGGCAGAGGAGGUUGGGAAUGGGCACCAGCUGUAUCCGGGCACCCGACGGGGGCUGCCCAGAGGAGCCGCCUUCCCCAGCUCUUGUGGACAAGAGCUCCUGGAGCCAGCGGAGGGGGGCCAUGUCUGUGGAUUCCAUCACGGACCUGAGUGACAACGCCUCCGAGCUGCUGGAGGCCCUGCAGCUCUCACACCCCCACGAGCUGCACCCUCGCAGGAGCCGGCGCAAGAAGAAGCCACUGAGCCUGAACCCCAUCACCUGGCAGGUGCCACGGAUUGUGGACAGGUGCUGCACUCACCUUGAGACACACGGGCUCCAAACUGUUGGCAUCUUCCGUGUCGGGAGCUCCAAGAAAAGAGUCCAGCAGCUAAGGGAAGAGUUUGACCGAGGGCUGGAUGUUUUCUUGGAUGAGCAUCAGAGUGUUCAUGAUGUGGCUGCCCUGCUCAAAGAGUUUCUCCGGGAUAUGCCAGAUUCCCUGAUUCCCAGAGAGCUCUAUGGAGCCUUCCUCAGCACAGCCACCCUGGAGGGGCCGGCCCAGCUGGACACCCUGCAGCUGCUGCUGUUCCUGCUGCCCCCGUGCCACAGUGACACCCUGCUCCGGCUCCUGCGCUUCCUGGCCAAGGUGGCCCAGCACGCUGAGAGCUCCUGGGACCCCGAGGGCCGCAAGAUCCCUGGGAAUAAAAUGACAGUGUCAAACCUGGCUACAGUCUUUGGUCCCAACAUCCUGCAGAAGGAAAAGCCUGGAGAGAAAGAUGCCAGUGCCCUGAACUUUGAGGACAGUGCUGCCAUAAUCCUGGUGCUCCAGAGGCUGAUCGAGCACCACCACUCCCUGUUCAUGGUGUCUCCAGAGAUGCAGUGUGACGUGCUGAGGAGGCUGUUCCAGACAGACCCCGAUGUCAUUGAGUACCUGCUGCGCAGGAAAUUCCCUGACGUGCCGAGCCCAGAGUGUGAGGAUCCCGGGCAGGACCUCGCUCUGCCCGCGCUGCCCGGCUGGACACACAGCCUGGAGCGAGGCUCGGUCUCCUCGGAGCUCUACAGCAACGUCUCCUUCCUAAACCUGGAUGUUGGCAUCUAGCAAGCCCUGGCCAGGCUGCCUGGACAAAACGAGGCAGCUUUUCCCAGCAAAACCCAGCCCCUGCCUCACUCUGGGGGCAGCCCCUGUGCCUGUGCCCUGGGGGCAGAGCUGUACUCAGGGUUCACCUGCCAGGCUGGCACCUCCCUGUGGGUCCAACCACUGCCACGUCCUCAGCACAGCCCUCUCUGCCACCUCCUUCUCACAGGACCUCGGGGAAUGGCUUUCCAUCCCUAGACCUGGGAACACUCUUGGGAGGACAGGCUGAGGAAGCUGGGACUGCUCAGCCUGGAGAAGAGACGGCUCUGAGGGACCUUAUCUGUCGCCCUGUUCUUCUAAGUUCUUCUAAACCUUCUGAUGUUUACAUUCUUCUAAUGAAGUUUCUCACGCACGCACUUUUAUGUAAUUAAUUAUUGUUUUAUAUUCUUCUCUAGAGGAGGAGAAAUUUGAUGGACUGUUGGUUUGUCCAGUGCCAUUGGAGAGGUAGCACUUUCAUCCUCCAAUGCACUGUCAAUUUUGAAAGUCUAUAAAUAUUAGAGUCAAGAAAUAAACUUCCCUCCUUCUUCUUCUUCUC